GAAAUUAUACUAAUGAGUUAUUAGCUGUAAUUUACCAAACUUAUUUUAGAUGUUGUUCUAGUGAAUGAGUUUCAAAAGUUGCGGUUGCGACUCACAGGGCGCUAACUUGUGGGAUUAGUUUGCAUGCAGCCCGACAGCGGAGGCUGACUGCGGUGGGAUGGGCUUAGAGGUGUUCAAGAUGGCGGCGCCCUGUGGAGUGCAGCUACUCUAACAGAGGUGCCUGGAGACUGUAUUGGAGGGUGGCCCCAGGAGUCCUCCAGGCAGGCAGGGACGGACACCGUGAGAGAGACGCUGCCUCCACCUCCAGCACUGCCACCACCAUGGCCAGGGAGCAGCCCAACGUGGGGGACCUCCUCCCGCUCCUGGAGACCUCCGACCUCCACCAGCUAGAAGAGAUCAGAGGCCUUAUCAACGAGCAGCUCAGCACUGAGCGAGGGUCGAUGCUGCUGAACGGGCUGGUGGACUACUUUUUGGAAACAAAUUCUGCCCAGGCCAUGCAUAUCCUCUCCUCAGUCAGAGAGCCACAUGAUAAGCACCUUCUGGACAAGAUGAACGAGUGUAUGACCAAACAGGCCUGCCGACUGCCCACCCUCACCCUGCUUGGCCAUGUAAUCCGCAAGCAGCCGUCCUGGAUCCACAAGAUUGCUCGAUACCCUCUGCUGCUCUCGCUGCUCAAAUGCCUAAAGACGGAUACGGACGUAGUGGUGCUGAUAACUGGAGUGCUGGUACUGAUCACUCUGCUACCCAUGAUCCCUCAAGCUGGGAAGCAACACCUGUGGGAAUAUUUCGACAUCUUCGGCCGCCUGGCAUCCUGGAACCUCAAGAACCCUGGGCAUGUUUCGGAGGUUUAUCUAAUCCACCUGCACGCCAGCGUCUAUUCACUCUUCCACCGCCUCUACGGCAUGUACCCGUGCAACUUUGUGUCCUACCUGCGAUCCCACUACAGCAUGAAGGAGAACAUGGAAACAUUUGAGGAGGUGGUAAAGCCGAUGCUCGAACACGUACGUAUACAUCCUGAACUGGUGACGGGAACAAAAGACCAUGAGCUUGAUCCCACUAGGUGGAAAAAGUAUGAAAUCCAUGAUAUCGUCAUCGAAUGUGCCAAAGUGUCUCUGGACCCCAAGGAGGCCUCCUGUGAGGAGGGCUACGCCACCAUGCCUGAGAACUUUUACCCCCAAAUCCACAUGCGACCACAAGACUGCACUUCCAGCCCCUACACGGACCUCCACAGCAGCUACGGAAGCUCUUCUUCGACCCCGUUCUCAACUCCACGGCAGCCGUUACCCCCGCCCUUGUCCUUGCCCCCCUUCUCAGGGACACAGUCCUCCUACCGCAGCCCACAGACCUCCAGACGCCAGAACUCCACCUGUGAACUCAACUCUUCCUGCGGGGGGAAGGACCCUCUGUGGAGCCCCUCCUCGUUGUGUGGCAUGGCCACGCCCCCUUCCUCCAGGGGCAUGUCACCCAACUUAGAGCUCUCCCACAGUGCCUCACACCUUCCCAGCCGCUUCCACUGCACAUCAGGAGGGAAAGGAACGCCUGCCUCCAGCACUCCAGCCACAUCUUCCCCACCUCCCACCCUAUCAGAUGACUUCCCAAUAAUCUCCUUACCAGCCAACACAGUCCAGUCCAGUCCACCAAGAAAGGAUCGUCGACAAGGAGACAGCAGUAAACCUACACUGGUGAGACAGGAGCCAGUGAAAGAUGCAGACAAGGGUGCAGAAGUAACAACAAACAGAGAUGCAGGAGCUGCUGAGAAUGUCUCCAUGACUUUGACAGAACUGUCAGUGUUCAUGAAGAAACAGGAGCUGGAGCUUCAGCUGAGAACAGAGAAGGAGAAAGAGGAGGCCGCCAUCACAGAGGAGCUGCUGAAGAUCACUGAGGAUACGCAGGAGCUGCCGGGCCUGAGGGGCUUUGAUUCUCCUUUCUAUCACACCACUGAGACGCUGACCGGCUGUCAGGCACAAGACAAGACCCUCUCCAACACCCAGCCUGGAGGCACCGUCCGGGACACCCACCAUGUUGUAUCAACACCAGACAAAGCAGGGAACACUGCGAGUACCAGUGGUGUUGGCAGCGAAAGAGCAGGGGGAGGAGCAGGAGGAGACAGCCGGAGUUCAGCCCUCGGCCUCGAGCAGUCCUGGUCCUACCAGUCGGGUUUCACCCCGAUCGACCACGACCUGCACCGGAGCCCCUCCGGCCCAGACGACGAGGUGGGUAAGUUGGGGAUGUUCUUCCCGAGCCCGUGCAGCAAGACCCCAGGCCCGGUACCCUAUGAGUCGUUUUUCGACCUGGCUCUGCCCAGGGCGGCCUCGCUCUUCGUGGGGCAGAAGACGUCGGAGGCAGUGCACAAGGCGGCGAUGGAGAGGCUGUUGCAGCGAGAGGAGGGUUUGGAGGACGGGGAGGAGGAAGGAGUAGUGUCCGCUUCACCACUGGAGGUGCUGGAUCGCCUUGUUCAGCAGGGGAGCGACGCCCACGAUAAAGUUCUGAAGAGAUUACCUUUGCCAAGUAAGUCAGCUGACUGGACGCACUUUGGAGGCUCAGCUCCGCUGGACGAGCUUCACACGCUGCGCAGCCAGCUGCUCCUGCUGCACAACCAGCUGCUGUACGAGCGCUACAAGAGGGAGCAGCACGCCGUCCGCAACCGACGCCUCCUCCGACGCAUCAUCAACGCCACUGCGCUGGAGGAGCAGAACAAUGCUAUGAAGGACCAGCUGAACCUGCAGAGUGUGGACAUCUUGUCUCUGAGGGAGAGUCUGCAGGUGGAGCAGCAGCGGUACAGGCAGCUGUGGGACGACCGGGAGACAGUGGUGACCAGGCUGCACAGUCAGAUCAGACAGCUGCAGCAGGGCCGAGACGACUACUACACAAAGAACCAGGAGCUCCAGAGUAAGUUGCAGGAGUGUCAGAAAAGGAUGGAUGAACUGGAGGCAGAGCUUCAGAGGGCCAACAACAAAGUGUGCCACACUGGUCACCUCCUCAACCAGAUGGCCAUCAAGCUGAGCAACAGUGAGAGCACCCAGCAGCAGAUGAGCUUCCUGAACAAGCAGCUGCUGCUCCUCGGGGAGGCACAUAAGCUGUCCAUGCAGGAGCUACACCACACAGGCGCAGAUAAUACAAAGGAGGCCCAGAUGCUGCAGGUUUCUUACGGGAAAGAGGUGGAGACGCUGAGGCAGAAUCUGCUGGUUCAGGGUCAGAAGCUGGAGGCGGCGCAGCAGAGAGUCGCCGAGCUGGAGACACACCUUUCCAAGAAAGAACACCUCAUCGCCGAGCAGAAGAAGUUCCUUGAGGAUGUAAAAUGUCAAGCAAAGGCGGAGCUGCAGGCCUCAGACAGCAGGUAUCAAGCUCAGAGAAGAAUCACUCAGCUGCUGCAGACUGAACUCCUGCAGCUCUACAGCAGGGUGGAGAUGGAGGCCCCAGCAGCCAGCGCCUCCACCAGCUCACCACCAGGGGGCAGAGCUGACCCACACACUCCUGCUGACUCCAGUGUCGUGGUGCCAGAUGGACCAAGUAAAACUCACACCAACGAGGAGGCGGCCAGUAGACCACCGCAUGACUCCCCUCGGGGUAACGCCAGCACUUUAUCGCCAGGGCAACCAAAGGCGAGCAACUCUUCCAAGUCAACAGCCAACUCCAUCAACGGCAGCCAGGACCUGGGCCCGCCCCUGCUGGUGGAGCCCUCCUUGUCUUGUCCCCAUGUCAACCCGCUCACACCCCUGCCCACCUCCGAAGCGCCCCUCACCGUGGGCUCUUACCCCAGUGCCAAGAGCUUCCUGGGCAUGAGGGCGCGCGAGCUGUUCCGUAACAAGAGCGAGAGCCAGUGCGACGAGGAGCAACCACCGCCACGCCUUGCUGGCCUCGCCCAAGGCCUGAAGACUGAGCUGUGCGUGGAGCCGCCCUGCCCAGGUUACGUUGCCCCCGUCAGCCCUGCACCUUCCCCUGUUCCAGCUCCACUCCCCACCUCAGCCCCUGCCACUCCUCUCACUGUGUCCACUAAGGAGCCGCCAUCUGAGCCUAAACAGCGGGCCUUCAGCCAGGAAAGCCCCCGCAGGAAGGCAGGGACGGGACCCGGUGGAGGGCGGGGUCAGGCAGGGUCAGUGCGCCCCCGGCAGCAGCAUCUAAAGAUCAUGGACUAUAAUGAAACACAUCAUGAGCACAGUUAGAGACACAGAACUGAGCCGGGACGGAGGGUGGGUGAGGAGAGACUGAAGUUUAACGAUGGAGAAGAGCUACAAAUCAGCAAAAGAGUAACAUGUCAGCAACUCUUUGGAAUUCAGUGUUAUUUGUUCCAUUCCUCUGAGUGGACAACAGGAUUUACCCACACCUUUCUACCCCCCCCCCCCCCCCACAGACACACACACACAGACACACACACACUGAUUCAUGCCCCAGAAAUAUUCUGACGAAGUGACAGGGAUACAAAAUUAUGUGUUACCAGAGAACUUGCCAAACUUAUGAAUUUGAGUAAGAGGCUCCAAGAUACACCAUCAGGAUGUGACACUGUGAGUCUGAGGUUUAAAGGGUAAGAUCAACUAAAUUAAAAUU